CAAAACUGAAGCAUAGAAAUGAAAAUUGGAACUCGUCUGCCUGAGAUAUUUUUGUCUGAGAAAAUGUCACUUUUUGGUAAAAUUUUUCGAAAUUAAUUUGACUAAAUUGUAAGUUUCCGAUCUCGGAUAUUUCCCUACCGUCCUUCAGAAUGGUGUGCCGCUUCAAUCCCUUUUACAUUGGACCAGCUCCACCCAGCUGCUGCACGGACUUGAAGUCCGAUUGCGAUUGCCCACCGUGCUCACCGGAUACAGGGUAUCAGGAGCCUCGACCCGUUCACGAGGAGUGCAACCCGGGUGUGUCGAAAAAGGAGACCAAGGAGAGCAAGUGCAAUCCUCCUUGCAAAGAAGCCCCCAAAAAGGAAAAGAAGGAGAAGAAGUCCGAGAAUAAAGAUGCCAAGAAAACUAAAUAAAAUUGAUUUUUGCUAGAAAUUGUUAUUAUUAAAAUUUUUAAUAUAUCCUAUCCUUUUUUAAACACAAAAUGGAAGCGUGGUGGAUACGCAUGAGCAUCAAACUUGGCUUGUUAAAAUUCAAUUACAAGCAGCUCGCAGCUACAAACAUGGAAUCCAUUUAUGCACCAUAUCAAAUCAAAGUCACCGCAAAAGUAUAUUUUCAAAUUGAAUUCUCCCAUAAGAGAAAGGCAGAAACGUGAAGAA